CCAUGGACGGCAUCUUCUCUCUUAUAUAAAGUUUUCUCUUCUCGUUUCAAUCCUCGGUUUUUUAUUGCACUUAAAAUCAUGAAAGCUAAAAAGAUGAAGAAAGAGAGCAACUUAGCAAGGUUUGUUAAAUCUCCGGUUCGUUUCUUGAUCAUGGCACGUGACGCUUACAUACGUAGCAUGUCGUCAUGCUCCGUCGGUUUUAUCCACGGUGGUGGUGGCUCCGGCGGUUUCGGUUUACCGGCCGGUAAUUACCAAAUCUGCGAAGCAGCAAGCACCACUCUCCCUCGUAGCUUCACCCUAAAUUCGUCCACGAAGACGACGGUGACACGUGAACGCUGCCGGUUUGUCUCAUACUCACGUGACGGCGGCAUCGGCGAGAUCACGGCGAUGGGGCAACCGUUGGAUCUCCGGAGAAACUAUAGUUGUGUGGUGAUGGGACGGAUCGAUGAAGAAAAGGCUUGUGAAAAAUUUGAAGAACAAGAUUUGUUAUUUGAUCAAUUUAAAAAAAGAAAAUUCGGUGGAGUUUUGAAGAUUCGUCAGCAAUAAAACAAAAUUAAGACCCUUUUAAACUUUCGUUUUUUGUCUCCCUUAUAUAUUGUUAGUAUUAAAUUUGAAAGCAGGGGUUUGAUUUGGUGUGCUUUGUUCAGUUGUGCUAGAUUUUCAUGUUUGUAUAUAAAUUCAAUAUCUAGUCGGGAUGUUUU